AUGGGACAACAUGUUGUUAGAAGAGAAUCCAUUAAUGAGUCUGGAAAACUUAGUAGACUAUGGAAUGAUGAGGAUAUUCACCAUGUGCUAACAAGAAACAUGGGAACUGAAGUAGUUGAAGGCCUAAUACUCAACUCUCCCAUGAAAAAAGAGUUGCAUUGUAGUGCUAAAGCUUUUUCAAAGAUGAUCAACCUGAGAGUACUCAAAAUCAACAAUGUACAACUUCCUGAAGGCCUUGAAUACCUUCCUAAUGAGUUAAGGUUAUUUGAUGGGCAUGGAUGUCCUUUAAAAUCCUUGCCUUCAAAUUUCAGACUGGAUGAUGUUGCUACACUAAAUUUAAGUUUUAGCCCCAUCAGAAUACCCUGGAAGGGAACCCAACUUUUCAACAUGGUGAGAUCCAUCAGUUUCAAAGACUGCCAAUACCUAAACAAGACACCAGAUUUCACACAAGCUGUAAAUCUUGAGGAGGUGAUUCUUAAAGGAUGUAGAAGGUUGCGCCAAAUCCACCCAUCUUUGCUGGUUCACAAAAAUACUGCUCUUCUGGAUAUGACACUUUGUACAAGUCUUACAACUCUUCCAGAAAAUAUUCAUAUGGAAUCUCUUAAAAAACUUCAGCUUUCUUCUUGCUCAAAACUGAAGAAGUUUCCAAAGAUUGUGGGUAGUAUGGAUUGUCUAUCAGAGCUUGCUUUAGACAAAACUGCUAUUAAAGAACUGCCAUUUUCUGCUGAACUACUAGUCGGACUUACAAGGUUCAAUCUCGGGUUGCUCCAAACUUGA